CUGUGACUGCGAGGACGAUACAUACUCGGCGCAAAUUUCCUCCGAUGAGUUUCGAAGCCGGAGAGGGCCCGGGAGCGUUGCAAGUUUUCUGAUUAAAUUCAACUUCUCAAGAGUACUUGAUUUAUCGUCAUUACAGGGGUUUUUGUGUGACCUCAAGAAGCAGGAUCAAAUCGUGACAUAUCGCUGUGAUAUUGUAGUUAAGCAGUAAUGUCACGUAUACAUACCUGGUUCGCCCUGCUGCUGUUUGGGCUGAUUGCUGCCAGUGACGGUCUGUACUCAGCAAGGGAUGAUGUCAUCGAACUGACACCUAGCAACUUCAACAGAGAAGUGAUAGAUAGUGAUAGUGUCUGGAUUGUGGAGUUCUAUGCUCCAUGGUGUGGUCACUGUAAGAAUUUGGUUCCAGAGUACAAAAAGGCAGCAACAGCAUUAAAGGGUGUAGUGAAGAUGGGCGCUGUGGACGCUGACCAGCACCAGUCGCUGGGCGGUCAGUACGGCGUGCGCGGCUUCCCCACCAUCAAGGUGUUUGGCCUCAACAAGAAGAAGCCUGAGGACUACCAGGGGGCCCGCUCGUCCCAGGGUCUGGUGGAUGGCGGCCUCAAGGCGGUCCGCGACAUGGUCAACGCCCGCAGCGGCGGCAAAUCGGGCGGCGGCGGCGGCGGUAGCGGCGGCGGCGGCGGGGACGCCAAAGACGUGAUCGAGCUGACCGACAGCAACUUUGACAAGAUGGUGAUCGAGUCAGAUGACAUCUGGCUGGUGGAGUUCUUCGCCCCCUGGUGUGGCCACUGCAAGAACCUGGCACCCCACUGGGCUGAGGCCGCUAGCAGGCUCAAGGGCAAGGUAAAGCUGGGCGCGCUGGACGCCACGGCGCACAGUGGUAAGGCGAGUGAGUAUGGCGUCAAGGGCUACCCCACCAUCAAGUUCUUCGGUGGCGGCUCCAAGAGCCGCGGCAGCGCCGAGGAAUACGACGGCGGCCGCACGGCUGACGACAUCGUGCGCUGGGCCGAGGAGAAGGCCGUGGCCCUGCUGCCGGCGCCCGAGAUCAAACAGGUGACGUCGAACGCCGUGCUGAAGGAGGCGUGUGAAGACCAUGGCCUGUGCGUGAUCGCCUUCCUGCCGCACAUCCUCGACUGCCAGUCAGCGUGCCGUGAUGCGCACCUGGCCGACCUGGCACGCCUCGGCGAGCGCUUCAAGCAGAAGCAGUGGGGCUGGCUGUGGUCGGAGGCGGCCGCCCAGUCGGCGCUUGAGACCUCCGUCGACAUCGGCGGCUUCGGAUACCCGGCCAUGGUGGUGGUCAACAAGAAGAAGGGCUCGUUCGCCACGCUGCGCGGCCCGUUCACCUUCGAUGGCAUCAACGACUUCCUGCGGGACCUGUCGUACGGGCGUGGCUCGACCAGCACCAUCCGCGGCGCCAGCCUGCCGACCGCCGACGAGGUACCCGCCUGGGACGGCAAGGACGGCGAGCUGCCCGAGGAGGAGGACAUCGACCUCAGCGACGUCGAACUCGACGAACUGCCGCCCAAGACGGAGCUGUAGCCGCUGCCGUCGGGGCGCAGCGGAGGACAGACUUAACGGGACUGGGAGUGAACGGUGCUGUGCAUUUUGAGCCCGCCGCCGGGCUCGCUGGCUGUCGGUAAUCUCAGCCUCGGCGCGACAUUUUGAGAGGCGCCGCCACGACGCAGCGAGAGUCGUCCCGUGACACUAUGAGCGCUUCCUCCAACCGACCGGAGGCCCGCGGCGGCCUUGCAAUGCUCAAAUGUUGUCGCUGGUCUUUGGCACAGGGUUGUCGCCGUCUGAGGGUGCCCGGCGUUUCGCUUUGCCCUUUAUUUCUGUCUAGAAAUUUCGUGUAUGGUUACGUGGGAAACGGAAGUUGCAUGAUUUCUGGUUCGUUGCAUUUUGUUUUGUUUCGCUGUCACAAGCGCGUGCUCCGCUAAACCAUUGUCGUUACUGGCAAUGUGGUAACUCGGCAUUUGUGUAGACGUGAUAUUGCAUUCCACUGUGUCCGCUUUAUUUACCCAAAAGCAGUCAGGGUCGUGCGUUUUGAAAUACACAAACCACAAGAGAA